UGUAUUUAUAUAUAUUUAUCGUGUUCCCAGACUCAAUUGAAAAUCAUCAUGGAUCUGGACAGCCUCAGUAAGCUUGUCUCUACUGGGUUCUUCUGGGAUCUACCAUGUUCUUAAGUAUUCUACUGUGUUCUAUCAUGUUCUUAAGUAUUCUACUGGGUUCUACCAUGUUCUUUAGUCUUCUACUGGGUUCUACUGUCUUCUACUAUGUUCUCGGGUAUUCUACUGGGUUCUACCAUGUUCUUAAGUAUUCUACUGGGUUCUACCAUGUUCUUAAGUAUUAUACUGUGCUCUAUCAUGUUCUUUAGUAUUCUACUGAGUUCUACUGCCUUCUACUAUGUUCUUAAGUAUUCUACUGGGUUCUUCUGGGUUCUAUCAUGUUCUUAAGUAUUCUACUGGGUUCUACUGGGUUCUACCAUGUUCUUUAGUAUUCUACUGGGUUCUACUGGGUUCUACUAUGUUCUCGGGUAUUCUACUGGGUUCUACUAUGUUCUUAAGUAUUCUACUGGGUUCUACCAUGUUCUUAAGUAUUCUACUGGGUUCUUCUGGGUUCUAUCAUGUUCUUAAGUAUUCUACUGGGUUCUACCAUGUUCUUUAGUAUUCUACUGGGUUAUUCUGGGUUCUAUCAUGUUCUUAAGUAUUCUACUGGGUUCUACCAUGUUCUUAAGUAUUCUACUGGGUUCUACCAUGUUCUUUAGUAUUCUACUGGGUUCUACCAUGUUCUUAAGUAUUCUACUGGGUUCUUAUGGGUUCUAUCAUGUUCUUAAGUAUUCUACUGGGUUCUACCAUGUUCUUAAGUAUUCUACUGGGUUCUAUCGCGUUCUUAAGUAUUCUACUGGGUUCUACCAUGUUCUUAAGUAUUCUACUGGGCUCUUCUGGAUUCUAUCAUGUUCUUUAGUAUUCUACUGGGUUCUACUGUUUUGAAAAUAUUAUGUUGAUUGUAAUAUCAUAAAUCAGAUAUAUUUUAAUAUUUCAUAUAUUAAAUAAUGAAAAUAAAGCUGAAAGACGCAGCUGCAGUUGGUGGUUUCCUGUCGUUGCAUUUAGUUAGAUUUAUUUCUGGGUUAUAUAAAAUAGUUGUACUGAUCUUGAGUUCUUGUUUCCUUCAGAAGGACUGAAUGAAAUCCGUCCAUCCGUCUACAGAGUCGCCAUGAAGCUUCAGUCUCUGCAGAAACUCUGUCACCUGCACGUCGUGUCUCUUCGACACAUCGUGGCGGCCUUACGUGCGGUGGGCGGAGCUACGCUGCAGCAGGACGUGGGGCUGAACAGGCAGGAAGUGACCCGGACUCUGAACAGGAUGUUCCAUAGCGCAUCACAGGAAGUGUCGGGUCAUGUGACUGAUGAGGCUCCAGAGGAGACGUGCAGUCUGAUGUUCAGGCUGUUUGACAGGACUCAGGCUGGUUCUGUUUCAGCUGCUUCUCUUCAAACGGCUCUGAUCGCGCUGUCUGCUGAAACUCUGCUGGACAAAUACAGAGGUGAGGACCUGUCUGUAGGGAAUGACAGUUCCCUUCAGAAUAAAACUGUUUCCUUCAGAGUAAAACACUGUUUCCUUCAGAGUAAAACUCCCUUCGGAGUAAAACAUUGUUUCCUUCAGAAUAAAACAGUUUCCUUCAGAGUAAAACACUUUUUCUUUCAGAGUAAAACAUUGUUUCCUUCAGAAUAAAACAGUUUCCUUCAGAGUAAAACACUUUUUCCUUCAGAAUAAAACUCUGCUGGACAAAUACAGAAGUGAGGACCUGUCUGUCUGUAGAGAAUGAGAGUUCCCUUCAGAAUAAAACAGUUUCCUUCAGA